CUCCAGUCUUCUUCUGUGUUCUCCUUUCUUGUUCGCCUUCCCUCCUUGUCUAAGACGUUGCUGGAAAUAUCCAAUCAUUGUCGUUGUUCCCGUCCACAGCAAUCCUGGUUGCAGGAUACACCUCGUCCAACGGAUUGAGCAACGUCUAUCUUCUAUCACUGCAGUAUAGAAACUCGUCGAUGAUCGGAACAGAUUCGUCUGAGACGAACCCAGCUAUGGCAGCCAGGGUCUACAACGUGAGCGAACCAAGCAGUACGACGCCCACCCUCCAGGUAAGGGUUGAGUACUUGGGUCCAUGCGUGUUGCAGGUCGAUGAUGGGAUCCGGCUCUGCUCCAGCAGUGCGACCAUGCUUGCGAAUACGUUUAGAGACAGCGCAUAUGCAAGCAGCGCGGAUCCACUGGACUUGAUAUACAUUGAGAAAACAUUCAGGGGUUUAGGGUUUAGGUUUUACAUUAUUUUCGACGGGUUGAUAUUUAUUGUUAUUCCCUUGGCGCUUGUCGGUGUCCUAGCCUUUGUAACGGUUCCUGGGUGGAUCGAUGGGAUAGAUGAAAACGGGGAAAUUAUCGAGAUCAAGCGAUUCCUUAACCGAAAUGUCCUAUUUUGCUGCGGGUGCAUUCACUGCCGGGGGUGCAUUUCUUUUGAUAGCCAUCCUUUGGCAGCAUAUAAACAGUAGCGCGGCGGCAUCGAUGGCGGAAUUCCUGACGUAUGAGGCGAUUGAGGCCCAUGUUGGCGUUGCAUCUAUGGCCCUUGAAUGGACUGCGCUAUUUCUGAAUCUUCUUGCCGCUGCAGCGUGGCUGAUGAUGAUAAAGGGCUUUGACGCCGUCUUUGCUCUAACCCGUGAUGACAGAGACGAGGCCAGCGUACAUCAAGCGGCAGAAGCCCCAGAGAACUACAUCGCUGGAAAUGAAGGGCAGCGUUGACGAACAGAUGAUUUGGCCGAUUCAAUUGCCGGGUUUCAGGGGCAGAAGAUAGUGGAGUGUACUGUACGGUAGCAUGCUCAAAUGCAGAGAGCAUUAGCCGACGCUAACUUGGUGUGCAUGCAACCUUGCAAAACCAGAAGGCGAC